CCCGCAGCCGUCGCCACUCUUCUCCGACCUCCGCGUGCCCGCUGCCCCCGUUCGAAAAUUUCCCCUUGUCGAGGGUUUCUCUCCUCCCCCCAAAUCUCCAUCCGCAUCCCCUCGCGUCGCGAGAUCCUGCUCUCGGCGGAGCUGACGCGAUGCCGCCGAGGAGGAGGCGGCGAGCGCCGCCCUCCAAACCGCAGCCGCAGCCGCAGCCGGAUGCGCAGGAGCCUCCUGGCGACGACGCACCGUUGGAGGAGCGGCUGGCGUGGAACAGCCAACAAGAAAGUGAGCGCCGGAUUACUGCCAUCAAAGCGAUAAAAGAUGCAGAGGCUGGGAACAUACGUUCUCAGAUGCAAUUGGUGCGGUCCUACUUUUCCAAGGAGCAAUUAGAGGCAAAUGCAUUGGAAUAUUUCAAGGAGAACCUGCCCAAUUUAUCUAUUGUCCCUAAUGAAAAAUAUGAUGUGCCUGAGCUAAAAUGGAAUGAUGGAGACAAAUGCAUACUUGGGGACUUUAUAGAUGACAAGAUUCUGCAAGCCUCAAUUGCAUCAUUGCCAACUGCUGGUGGCCUUCAAUUCCCAGGGGAUUCAGUCGGGAAGGAUUUCUACAGGCGCACUAGCAGUUUCAGCGAUUUUGCUUGGAGUGAGCUACCUGAUGGGCAAAUGGCAGGAACAUCAGAUGCUUUUCAGACACCUGGGGCUGUGAGUAACCGGCUGUCCUUCGGUAUGACACCCAAAACUGUAAGGUUACCCAAGAAUGGCGAGAUGCUGCUAUCUGUGCACGGUUCACCUCUUGGGGUCUACAAAGAAGAAAAUUUAGCAGCUAUUCAGGAAUCUGGUAAUGGAAAUGAAGAUGCUCCCUGCUAAUGCACUAAACAAACCAGAUGCUGCCAGCCAUUGAGGUCUUGGCAAUAACUGUAGGUGCUGAUCAUCAAGAGCCUGACAUUUGUUCUCUGUUAACAAAUUCUGCGGUACUGCUGUCGUGUGGCUAGUGAAUGGUAUGGCGCCCAUAUCUUAUGGAUCGAAGCUGACAACCACUGUUGAAGCAUCUCUAAUCUCUUGAUCAUAUCUUAGAGCAUGUAUUGGAUAAUGACCGAUGGCAAUAACUGAUGUGAGGUUCGUAGACUGACUGAGUAAAAACCUCUGUUGUUCGGACGCUACUCCAUGUACCCUGAAUUCAGUGUAUUUAGGUCACUCUGUUCUUUUUUUUUAAAAAAAAGAUAUCUGUAAUUUGAAUGUGAUGAACUCUGUUGUAGGACUCUGACUUCUUUCAGCAGUGUUGUUUGGUUUGCUGCCAGGGAGGUCGGCAAAACCAGUUGCCGUGCUGCCUUGUUUCAGCCAAACGUGUUUAUAUAUGAUUUAUGAAUUGAGACAAUUUAUCCUUUUUA